AUGACUCUCUUUAACCUUGCAGCUAUGGUAAAGGUGACCGAGGAUAGCGAUCGGGAUAACAAGGAGAGAAGGGAGGAGCCGGAGGAGGGCAAGCUGCCGCGGACGGGGACCUCUAACCUGGCCACCCAGCACUUCCACUACCACUGGUCCUACCCCAGCGGGGGCCCCGCGGCCCAGGCCACCUUCCACUUCGGCCCGGGCUUCGAGCCCCAGACCUCCCCGCACCAGCACGUCGUCUACUUCCACGUCAACCCCGGCGUCACCGUCAGCUUCCAGAUGGGCGACAACAUCCAAACAAUCAAAGGUGAGUCACUCUCUUAA